UUCCCCCCCCCCCCUCCCCUCCUUCCUCCCUCCAACGGUGUCGAUUCUGGAGCUUUAAAAAAAGCGGCGAGGAAGAGGAGGGAGGGGGAAGGCAGGCACGGAUGCGCUCCUGCCGGCGGGGAGGCGGCGGGGGCCUCGCAUGCACAAAACGUGCCAUCCCAUAAGCCGCAGAGGCCCUAGGAAGGGCAGGUGUCAGCGAGACGUGUGGCCAAACCUUGGCCAGAAAAGACAGCCACGGUGGGCCAGGUGGGAAGAACAGAUCUGUCCAUGCCGACCGUUUAUGAAGUGGGGAAGCAGUACCCAGAUCCAGAGUAUCCGGAGAGACCCCUUCCAAUGUCCCGGCAUGAGACUACUCCGACAGCACUGCAACGGGCCGGCCCCAACCAACGCCCCACCCCCUGCUGUUUCUGCUGGUGCUGCUGCUGCAGCUGCUCGUGGAACGAAGAUCGUGAACGAGCAUGGCGGGCAUCCCGAGAGACCAAACUGGAGACCAUCCCGAACUGUGAAGCUUGCACCAAACCGACCACUGAUGAGAUCAAGGGCUGGGCCCAGUCGUUCGACAAGUUGAUGAAGAACCCGGCCGGCAGGAACGUGUUCCGGGAAUUCUUACGGACUGAGUACAGCGAAGAGAACAUGCUGUUUUGGUUAGCCUGCGAGGAGCUCAAAAGCGAAUGUAACAAGCAGUCCAUCGAGGAGAAAGCGCGGGUGAUAUACGAGGAUUACAUCUCCAUUCUCUCGCCGAAGGAGGUCAGCCUGGACUCCCGCGUGCGCGAAGGCAUCAACCGCAAGAUGCAGGAGCCGUCCCCGCACACGUUUGACGACGCGCAGCUACAGAUCUACACCCUCAUGCACAGAGACUCCUACCCUCGUUUUCUGAACUCAGCCAUAUACAAAUCGUUAGCCCAGAGCGUCUCACGGUCGUCUUCGGAGUCCUAAGCCCCUCACCUUUCCCAGUAGUUCUAGACAUCAUGGGACAGCUAUCCUUCUACACAGGACGGGGGCGAUUGAGAAAAAGGACCUCGCCCACGUGGCCUCCCGCCACGGAACAAACUAAGAGGGCGCCCCGA